GAUUUGAAUGCUGCGCUGUCUGCAUUGGUCGAUGUCUUCCCGGAUGUGCAGCCCGAAGUUUUCCGCGAGAUGCUCGUCAGCGUUGGACCGGACAGUAGGCUGCAAGUUGUGACCGAGCACCUCCUGCAGAAAAAGGCCAAAUGGGUGCAGGGACGGUAUCGCAUUCCGACCAAGGCGCAAACUCAAGCGAGGUCAGAGACAGUCAAACUUCGAAGGGGACGACGAGAGCGGAUGAGAGAUGGACGACCGGUACCGUCUGGACCUGAUUUGGAGCAUGAGGACCUCUUCCGAAGUGAGAGCUACAAAAAGGCUGUCAAGCAUGUUUUGUACUUGGAGUUUAGGAAUCUGAGCCAUUCCAUCAUCAAAGGCGUGCUGGCUGAGCAGAACUUCUGCUACACUCUGGCACGACCGGUGUUACAACAGGUGGCUAGCAAAUCCUGGCGAUUCUCACUAUCCUCAUUCUGGCCGAAACGGUCGACUUCAAGUAUAGCUGAUGGUCAUCCUUUUAUUACGUGGCAGCCCACGGGCGAUGCCGACGGGCAGGCUACGCCGGCUUUACGACGGACAGGAGAUGAAGAUCUGGACAGAGAACUUUACGAUCUAUUCGUCGGCCCGAUCGUGUCGCGGCAAAGGCAAGAUCGCAUGAUCGCAGACUUUCGCGAAGCAAGCAGGAUCAACGAAGCAGAGGCGGAGAACGCUGAAGCACUAUUCGAUUGCGAGUGUUGCUAUACAUCAGUCCCAUUCGAGAAGAUUGCCUGCUGCGAUGAUGGCUGCCACUUUCUCUGCUUGGACUGCAUCCGCAGAACGGUCAAUGAAGCACUGUACGGCCAAGGCUGGUCACGAACAGCAGAUCUGAGACGAGCGACCGUUCGCUGCUUCGCGCCAGCCACUGAAGAAUGCACAGGCUGCAUGCCAGGUGAGCUCGUCAAGCGUGCUCUCACUCAAGGCAGCGACAACGAAGACGCAUGGCAUGACUUUCAAGCCCGCAUUACCACCGACGUUCUCCUCCAAUGCCAUCUCCCACUCCAACGCUGUCCGUUCUGCAGCUAUGCCGAAAUCGAUGAAGUCCCGCCUGCUCGACUCCGGCAUCCCAUGGCUGUGUGGCGCCACGUCGCCACUAAAGCAAAUCCAGCCGUUCAAAUCAUAUUCACUUCCUUCCUCACUCUCCUCUCAAUCUUCACUCUACCCCUCAUCAUCCUCUCCCUCGCCCUCAGCCUCCUCAUACCCCUCAUCCCACCCCUCCGCACUCUUUUCGCCAACUCCCUCGCCCGCAUCCACCGCGCUCGCCGCGGUUUCCGCUUCCACUGCCAAUCCCCCACGUGCGCUCAAGUCUCCUGCACGCGCUGUACCGCCGCCUGGCGCGACCCACACAUCUGCUUCGAGUCCGAAAAAUCCUCCCUCCGCCACGCGAUCGAAGCCUCCGCCACGGCGGCCGUCAAACGCACCUGUCCGAAAUGCAUGCUCAGCUUCGUCAAAGCUUCGGGCUGCAACAAACUUGUCUGCAAUUGCGGGUACACCAUGUGUUAUAUUUGUCGGCAGGAAAUCACGAGUAAGGAAGGGUAUGGACAUUUCUGUCAGCAUUUUCGACCGGCGGGCGGGAGGUGUGGGGAGUGUGAGAGGUGUGAUUUGUAUGGAGAUGAGGAUGAGGAGAAGGCGAUUCGGACGGCGGCGAGGAAGGCGGAGGAGGUGUGGAGGGAGAAGGAGGGU